AUGGAUGAAUACAGUGAAAUAAUUAAAGAACAUCCUUAUUUAAUUUUAAUAAAUGAUAAUCCAGUAUCAUGGCAUGGUUUUUUGUUGAUAAACAACAACAAAUUAAAAAUGGAAAUUAAAUUAAUUGUUCCAAAUUAUCCUUCAAUGAAAAAUUCAAUUUUAAGAUUUGGAAAAAAUAUUUAUCACAUGCAUAAUACUGAUUUUUCAACAAAAUCAAUGGAACUGCUACACUCAGCAAUUUCAGUACCAACAUUUUUAAGACAGCUACAAAGACUCAUGGAUACGUGCAUAAAGAAAAAAAAAGAUUAUUUAAACAAUAAUCUUCAAGUAUUUAAUGAUAAUCUUCUAGAUGAGUUGACUGGUGUUUUAAAAGAUUCUGAUGUUGCUGUAUUAGGAAAUAAUGAUUUAACUGCCAUAAAAUUGACCUACAAAAAUAUAUCAAUUGUUCUUGAACAAACAUCAUUGAUACAUAAUCCUUGGACAGUUGUUUCAUCAGAUCUUCCAACAUUUUCAGUCUGGCCAUCACUUGAUAAAUGUGUUCCAAGUCUUGUUGAAGCUGCUAAAACUUUGAAAGCAAGAACAGAUAUUUUACAAGAUGUUUGGGAUGAUUUAAAAUUCAUUGAUGAAUACUGUUGGGUUAUUGAUCCAAUAAAUCCAAAACCAAGUCACAUGCAUAGAAGAAUUAAUAUAAAUUCAUCUUUGUCACUUUUGUUGACAAUGAAUCCAUUUGAUUCAACUGCAAUUCAAGAUAUGAAGCUACUUGGUACUGAUAGUGAAGUUAAAAAAUAUAAAGACAUCAUGACUGAAAAUACAGACAAGUGGGAUGAUGAUUUAACAAUCAUUGAAAAUUUACAAACUUUAUUAAAUAUUGAUGAAUUACCAAAACCUCCAAUUGAUAGAGGACAACAUGAUAAUGUUCUCAUUGGUGAAAAUGAUUGUUGCAUUUGUUUUUGCCUUGAGCUUGAUGAUGGUGAAAUACCAGAAGUCAUUUGCAACAAUUCAAAGUGUCACAAAAAUUUUCAUGCUGCUUGUUUGUACAAGUGGCUUGAAAUGGGGGCUCGUAAUCAUGUUGCUUUUGAUGUUUUGUAUGGUAAAUGUCCAGCUUGCAAAGAAGCCAUAUCAUGUCCAAUCGUUAAAAACAAAAAAAAUAAUAAUUAAAUAUAAAACACAAAGUUAAUAUUUUUAUUUUAAUGUUAUUUAAAAACGUGAUAAUUAUCAUAGCCAAACUUAUUUAUAAAUAUUUCCAUGGAAUUAUUAAAAUCUUUGUUACCACAAA